AUGGAUCAAUCAAAGAAAGAGGAACUGCUUGCUAAAAAUAUGAAUUAUAAGAAAACAAUGGGAGAAGAACAAAAACAGAAACCAUUAGAGAAGAAGAAAGCCAAAUAUCAAACAAUGGAUAUAUCAAGGAAAAAGGAGUUCACUGCUAUCAAUUCAAGCAAAAUCAUGUCAAAUCGCAUGUCACUGGUUCCAAAACAAAAAAACAAUUUGCUGAAUAGAGAGAAAGAAAAACGGAUGGAAAAGAAAUCUCUAACUCAUGAUAUUGAUACAUACACUGAAGCUGGCCCAUUUUACAUAUGCUGUGUCUGUAACCGAACAUUAUAUAAAAAGUCAUUAGUGAUCCUACAGAAAAAUAAAUAUCCUCGCCAGGAUUGUUUUAUGUGUCAAAAUUCUUUUGAUAGCAAAGAGUACAUCUGCAAAACUUGCCAUGCUAAACUACUUAAAGGUCGACAGCCUUGUCAAGCUGUGGUAAACAAUUUAUUUAUUGAUGAAACUCCCACUGAACUUGCUGCAUUAGAGAAACUUGAACAAAUUCUUAUUGCGCAAAGAAUAGUCUUUGAAAAAAUUGUAGUAAUGCCAAAAGGACAACAAAGAAAAAUUAAAGGUGCAAUAUGCAAUGUACCAGUUGAAUGUAGUCAAACGUGCAAUGUUCUUCCCAGAUCACCUGACAGAUCUGGGAUAAUUUUACUUAAAUUAAAAAGGAAACUUCAAUUUAGAGGUCAUGUUUACUUCCAAGCAGUUCGCCCUCAGUUUGUAAUUAGUGCAUUAAACUGGCUUAUAGCAAACAACCCUUUAUAUAGAAACAUUGAAAUUCAAUGUGACAAUAUUAGCCCAGACUUAACUAAUUUGAACUGUCCUGAUACUGAUCAAGAAAAUAUAGAUGAGCCAUUGCAGUUGCAAAGUAAUGUAAAUAGAGAACUGUGUAAUGAAGAUGUUGAAGAACAAGAUGAUCCAUUAAAUGAACACCGUUCAGCAGCAAGCAAAACCUGUCUUCAGUCCAUCUUGCCAAAUUAUCCUGUAAACCUGGACAAUACAAACUGUAAUUCAACAGGUAGCGAAGUUUUCAACAUUGCACCAGGUGAAGGUAAACACCCAGUAUCAUUGAUGACUGAUAAGCUUUGUGAGGAACUUUCAUUUCCAGUACUCUUUCCGAAGGGACGAUUAUUUGGUUACACCUCUGAACGAGACAUAAGCCAAUAA